AUGUCCACUGGCAACGUGAAUCCUCCGCCUCUGCCACCCGGCUUGACAGUUACGGAUCCUAUCAGCGCCAUCGGCACAUCCCCCUUCACAACCGCAAAUACCUUCUCAGGCGACUUUCUCAGCCUCCCAAUCCCAGACGACGAACAGCUCUGGGGCCUCAGUCCAAUCUCACCAACAAUGGGCACCGGCAGUUGGGACACCAAAGCCGAUUCGGCCGCGUUCGCAAGCUCCGCGCUAGAGCGCGAUCUGAAGAACGCUCAAGUCCGCAACGGCCAACCUACACCCCCUCCAUACGAUGAUCAGCACUCGCGCGAUCCAUCCAGUCUCGAGGCAGAGCCGGCGAGUAAACGCCGCCGCGCGAGAGAGUCCAAAACCGCCGCCGCAAGCCUCAGUCCAGAUCUAGACGACUGUCCACAGCAAGAGCGCGCCAAACGAGCCAAGUUCCUCGAGCGCAACCGUCUCGCGGCAAGCAAGUGCCGCCAAAAGAAGAAGGAACAUACCCAACUGCUGGAAGUCCGGUAUAAAGAGCAGUCGGAAAAGAAAGAACUGCUAGUGGGCGAAAUCGCCCGGCUCCGCUCCGAGAUCCUAAGCCUGAAAAAUGAGGUCCUGAAACAUGCCCAGUGUGGCGACGAGCCGAUCAAGCUCCAUCUAGCACAGAUGGUGAAAAGGAUCACAGACAACGACGGUGCACCGGCUGUGCCGGUCGACCCGCCCAUUCAGUUACCGGAUCAUGCCCCGGCCUCGCCGUCAGAUACGGCGCCCACGCCGACUGCCACGAGCGCGCCGGCACCGACGGGGUCAGCGGCGCUUUCGUUUGGCUUUGAUGAUCCGCUGCAGUUGGAGCCGGCCGCUGCGGCGGCGGCGGAGGCCUUUGAGCAGCAGUUACGGCGGGACUCGGAGGUGUCGAUGGUUUCGGAGUCUUCGUAUGCGUUUUCUGCGGAUGAGACUUUUGAUGAUUUGAUCAAUGUAUAA